AUGGCAAUGCCUUCGAGUUAUAAACCAUCGCCUUUGAGCUAUGGUUCUCCACAAGCCCGCAGUUCUCCAUUCCGCCGUCCAGAAUCGCCAGGCUCUCCAUCUGCUCUUCGACAGACAACACCAUCAUCAUCACCAACAAAGUCAGCAUACAUAAGCGGCAGCUCUCGGUUCACCAACCCUACGACACCCACCAGCCCCGGCAGCCGGGUUUCGAGGGGUCAGGCAGCGUUUGAGAACAUGCAACAAUCUCCCAUCAGAGACAGUGUGCGGCCCCAGGCGCCCAAACAUUCAGUCUCUAGUCACGGCAAUGCGCUUUCUCAGCUGCAACCCUCCCAGGUGCGAACUCUUCGGGAGGGAUUCCAGAUCCUCGACAGAGACAGCGACGGCACUGUCGGUAGGGAGGAUAUUGCCGACAUGUUGAACCAGCUAGGACUGCCAUCAGGCCCUUCUGAUGUCUCCCAGUUCUUCCCCCCCUCUGCGCCCCAGACCAUCCAGCUCGCUACCUUUCUAAAUUCCAUUGCCACCGCGCUUGCAUCGCUAUCACCGAGUUCGGAGCUAUUAUCUGCUUUCUCGGCAUUUGACGACGACGACAACGGACAGGUGGAUCUGGUCGAGCUUAGAGACGCACUACUCCAUACUGCACCCGAGCCCGGUGAGCGGGCCCUCUCAGAGAUGGAGGUGGAUCGGGUCAUGAAUGGGUUCACAGGCAGAAGAGCAUUCAGCAAGAGCAAGCAGGGUGGCUUGGGAAAGCGGGGAGAGAUAUUCAAGUAUCGCGAUUUUGUGCACUCGGUUUCGGGCAGUAAUGGUGCAUCUGAGGCUGCGUCUUCUGAAGAUUCAGAGGAGUCGGGCUGA